UGGCAGGAGGUGCCCAUAACACACAGAACUCUAAUCACAUCCUCUAGGAGCCACAAAGGUGGUACAGUUCACGUGCAUACACUGAAAAGGUCGUGUGCCCAUGAGGUCGUCCAUGCUGGUCCUGUUCCUCUUCUUAAGUGCCCAGGCUGUGGCCGCAACCAGAGGGGACUUGUACACCACCACCACAGCGGCACAGGAAAACACUCCAAGUGACAACCCAGACUCUAUCCCGGUUGUUGAUCCCAAACUCUUCACCAAGCGCCACUACCUCUCACCCAGAGUGCUUUUUAGCUCUCAGGCCCCUGAUGCAGAGCCAUCGGGGUCACAGAGUGCUGGCAGAAGGACCCGAAGGCAAGCAGGGCAGCCUCAACACCGCGGGAUGUACUCAGUAUGUGAGAGUAUUAGUGUCUGGGUGGUCAACAAGACCAAAGCCACGGACACCUUAGGCAGAGAGGUGACAGUCCUCCCAGACGUGAAAAUCAACAAUGUCAACAUGAAGCAGUACUUCUUCGAGACGACAUGUCAUAGCCCUCGAUCAGGCAGCUCAGGCUGUUUAGGAAUUGAUGCGAGACACUGGAACUCCUACUGUACUAAUUCACACACUUUUGUGCGAGCGCUGACUUCGUUCCAGAACCUGGUGGCGUGGAGACACAUACGCAUUAACGUGGCCUGUGUGUGCGUGCUCAGCCGCAAGUCCUGGCGGCAAUGAAGACUUACGACACGCGCACACAGAUUCACAAACCCAAAUGCAUUACAUACACAGACAAGCAAACAGGCAGGCAGAAGUGACUUUUUUUUCACAUAAUUUAUCACCAAAAACUUCUCAACCUCUGCACAAAGUAAAUUAUUAGUAUAUGUCAAAGUAUCAAGACUGCAUGUAUAUACACCAGACCUGGGUCAAAGAGUAUCUGCAGCUGGUUUUGUGUUUUGGUUGUUUGCUUUGGGGUUUUUUUUUUUAACUGUUUGAAGUACCACGCUACAGGGGGUGUAGCUGUGCCGGUAUCUAUUUUAGCUGUGGUUUAUAUCAGACUCAGCUUACGGAAAUUCAAUACGCAGCUACGUGCUCAGUUUGACAAGUGUGCGUGCUCUGGAUUUAUCAUAACUUUUAAGCAUUACACUGAAAAAUAUUCUAAAAUACAGACAGGAAAUAUUUUUAUGUACAUAUACACAUAUUGCAUACAUUCAUGGGUUAUGUUUGCUAUACUAAGUGCACAACUGUUUCCUCUGUGGCUCAUU